UAUAUAAUUAUAAAUAAAUAAACAUAUAAAAAUUCCUUUAUUCUAUAAAUGUUCGCUACUUUCUGAUUCUCCAUUCCUUCUCAAAGCUUCAACAUAAUUCCUCAGAUUCUCCUUCCCUGGCGCUGUUGAUCUUCAAACAUGGCAGACUGGUCUUUCGAAGACAGGAAACCUAAAAAGCACUGGAUGUACGAAAGAGAAGGGUUGAGGAAAGUAGACUUCCCGAGUCACUGCAGUUAUGGACCAGUGAAUGAAGAUGACCCUUACAAAUGGCAAGGUAUGAUCAUGGGGCCACCAGAUUCUCCUUAUGAGCAAGGUGUCUUCUUUCUCUCCAUUGAUUUGCCACCACAAUAUCCUAACAAACCUCCCACCAUCAAAUUCCUAACCAAGGUUUAUCAUCCAAAUAUUAACGGCGAGGACGGGACUAUUUACGUCGACAUUUUAGAAGAGGAUAAAUGGAAUCCAGUGCAGAACAUUGAGAGCCUCCUGCUCUCCAUAUGCUCACUUCUCGAUGAUCCAAACCCAGUGGAUCCCCUCAAUCCACCCUGCCUGCUCUUCCGGAAAGACAAAAAGAAGUUUGUCGAAACGGCCAAGGAGUGGACUAGGAAGUAUGCAAUGUUUUGAGAAUUUUAAUUAUCUUGCUUCCAAAGAGUACUGGAAAAUAUGGAAUGUGAUCGGAUAAGAAUUAAACUGAUAAGAAUUUUUUGAGCAUUGUAUUGUAUGUGGACA